AUGUCGAGAGGCCGAGCGCGAGCGCAGACCGUGGAGCGACUCGAAAUCGAACUCGAGCAGCUCAUGGCCCACCUCCAGACCUCACCCACCCCUUCGCCCGCCGGCCCCUCUCACUCGGCCGACGACGCCGACGCCGACGCCGACGACGCGAUCGACCACCUCGACCACCCUGACCACCUCGACCACCACCCGAGCGGCGGCGUUGGGGCCGAGCAGGACCUCGACGCCCUGCUAGCGCGGCUGGGCGAGGAGGAGCAGCAGAUCCGGGACGACAUCAAGCGCAUGCGCGACGCCUACGCCCGCUCGCUCCGCCGCGGCUACGUCGCCACCAAGGGCGGCACCACCGCCAUCACCGCCAAGCCCGCCGCCACCACAUCACCCGCCACCUUAACCUCGCCGCAGCUCUCGCCCACAUCGGCGAGUGGUGGCGAUGAGUCGUCGGACGAGGCGCACGAGGCGCUGAAGGAGGCCGAGCGCAAGGUGACGGUGCUGCGGCGACGGGCCGAGGAGGUGCGCCGCAGCAUUCGAUCGCAGCAGGGCUCCCAGAUCGGCGGCCGCGGCGGAGGUGGCUUCGGCGUCCACGGCCCCAGCGUGCGGCGCAAGCGCGACGCCGCCACAGUGAUCGGCGAGCAGCGCGGCGAUCAGACCCAGGCCCAGGCCCAGGCCCAGAUCAAAGACGGCGAUGGCGGUGGAGAGCUGAGGGAGCUGGAGCGGGAGCUGGAGCGAAUGGAGGAGAAGGAGCGGGCCAGGCGGAGGCGCGAGGCGGAGGGCCGGGCGCGGGUGACGCUGGAGAUGGCGCGGCUGCUGCUGCGCGACGAGGCGGCCAAGCGAGACGACGAGGAGCGGCAGAGGGAGGAGGUCGAGCGACGCGAGGCCGAGCGGGGCAUGGCCGAGAUGCGCGACCGAAUCGAGCGGAUGCGCAUCAUGGCCCAGGCCGUCAAGCCCCGCCACACGCCGCCGCCGACGACGAUGACGAUGACGUCACGGCCGGCCACUACUACGCACCACACGACGAUGAUGUCGUCGCCGCUCACGCCGCCGUCGCACCUGCCGCCGCUGUCGCCGGUGCCGGCUGCGGCCUUGAUGAUGGCCGCCCGGGGCCCGCACCUGCAGCCGCUCACGCCUGGGGCCUCGCCCACCGCCACGACCCAGCAGCCGCGCCAGUUCUACUACACCACCACACCGGUCGCGCCGCCCAUGGGCAGUAGGCCGCCGGUGCCGCCUCUGCCAACGCCCAGCGCCGGGCCGGGCCUCGCCCCGCGCCCCAGCUUCUCGCCCCGCGCGACGGUGUCGACGACGAACGCGGCGACGGCGGGGCUUGGCGGUGGUCGAGCGUCGUCGACGACGGAGGACGACUCGGAGCUAAACUCGAUGAUGGCCGACAUGCUGACGCACCUGAAGGCCACCAGCCCGCAGACCGACGCCAAGGACUUCUCGCCGCCGGUCGCGCGGGCGGGCAGCGGCUCGGGCGGUCCGCCCCCGGUGCCGCCCAAGAAGCUGAUCAGCGCGUCGCCGGCUGGGGCCCAGGUUUCGGCGGACCUGAGGGCGUGCGGGCGCUGCGGAAAAGCCGUCGAUGAGUACGGCGGCGGCGUGGUGCAGGCCAUGGACCGCCGUGGAGAGCUGAUGGGCCAGCGCGGCGGCGGUGCGUUCUACCCACGAAACGGCCAACCCCACUGCACGGCAUGCUACCGACGGCUGUGCGGCCAGUAG